CAAACGCAGCACGUAAAACAAAACAGAUGCCACCACAAAUCAGCGACAGAGAGGACGUCAACCAAAUUAGCUACCAGCUCUCCUAGGCGGAGUGGAGUCUUGUGUGAGAGGACUGGAGAGAGGCACACACAACGACCCACCUAGACGGCCCUAGUUAAUAUAGCUCCAAGAUAAACUUAUUCACUUCGCUGAUCCAGAAAGUAUCAAGAAAAAACGACGUUUCUCAGACACGGAAGCUCACCAGGCGGCAGACAUCGCUAUGGCCCAGGAGACCAAUCAGAGCCCAGUUCCUAUGCUCUGUGCUAAUGGCUGUGGUUUCUAUGGCAACCCUAGGACUAAUGGCAUGUGCUCCGUGUGCCAUAAGGAGCACCUGUCAAGGCAGAACAAUGGAGGAGUCAGUACUUUGAGUACUGUGGGCAGCAGCAGCGGCCCCACAGCUGAGGCUUCUGCCAUCCAGAGGUUAGAGGCCACCUUGAAUAAUGCUGCAGCGGCUGCAGUCGCUGCUGCAGAGGUGGCAGCCGAGGCCGCUGCCUCUGCUGAGGCUGCUGCCGCAGAAGCUCUCAGUGGAGUUUCGACUGCCAUUUCUGUAACACAACAGAUGACUGAAAUGAGCCUCUCCUGUGAGGAAAAAGGAUCAUCAGCAAGCAAAGUAGAGCUCACAGAACCAGUGUUGACUCAACCCACAUCCUCAGCCUCUCAUCCCUCCACUGCUGGCAGUGAGGAGUCCAGAGCUCCAGAGCCCACCAAACCCAAAAAGAAUCGCUGCUUUAUGUGCCGCAAAAAGGUUGGCCUUACAGGUUUUGACUGCCGCUGUGGGAAUCUGUUCUGCGGAAUCCACCGUUAUUCCGAUAAGCACAACUGUCCGUACGACUACAAAGCUGAAGCUGCUGACAAGAUCCGCAAAGAGAACCCCGUGGUUGUCGCUGACAAGAUCCAGAGAAUAUGAAGAGGACUCUCAGUUUGACUGUGAACACUGAGAGCGAUCGGCUUUAAAAAGAAAAAUGGACUCGAGCCCAGCCUUCUGCCCGAAGGACCUGUUUUUGUUUUUUGUUUUUUCUCCUCGUUUGUUACACGUUCAAGACUUUUCCCCCAGUGCAUGAAAGUUCACUUAUAUUUUCAGCUUUGGUUCUUGUUUUUGUGUGAGUUUAACACUUUUGGAGGGUUGUAAAUGAGGAUGGGGGGAGGGGUCCGUAUCUUUGGAGAUUACUGAAGAAAAAGUCAUUAGUAUUUUAGAAGAUGCUGUCGAUGGCUGUGCAGGCUGUCGCGCGAUCCCGCUGAGAUCGCCUGAACUCUGCCUGGAAAGAGCCCAGACACAUGGGCCUAUUUGGACUCUCAGACUUUUACUGCUGUUGGCUGAUGGCGCCACCUCAGCCGUGCUUGCUCUCUGCUGGCUUGAGUAGCAAAAUGGAUGAUUGUCUGUUUCUGUUUGUGGCCUCCGCUUAACUCUGUGAGGUCAGAGUUUAACCCUCCUUAGUCGUCAGAAUUUGCGUCCCGGUGAGUUUUUAUCAACCUGAAAUGCUUCUCUGUGCCGCCAGAGUCACAUCCACCCCGCCCCUCCCCCUCCCUCGUCAACACACAGCUCAGACAUAUUACUAGAGAGACUUUGAAAAAGAGACUUUAGCCCUUUCUUGCCGGCUCAUACUCCUGCCCUGCUGUGUGUGCGGCACUUGACACACUGUGGUUUGACAGUUUGCUUUGUUCUUCUUCUGUUGACAUUUGGCUGAAUGCUGUGACCCGUACUGUGCCAGAGAUCUGGAGAGCAGACAUGUGGACUUCCUGCUUUUCAGGUCUUUAAAACCAUCCACUGAAGUCACACAAGGAUACAAAUCACCUGACUGUUUGUUUCCUUUUUUUUUUCCCCCCCAGAAAAGUGUGUAUGCCGUGUGUUGUUGUAUGACAAGUAGCCUAAACUUGUAUUAAUGUUUUGCCUUUGGAAGGGUUUAGCUCCACUAAUAUUUUCAUCUUUUACUUCACUAUUGAAUGUUUUCCUUGAUAUUUUUUAAUGUGAGCUGACAGUCACAGUGUUGGGAGUGUUGGAGUGUUGCAUACUGUGUGUAUCAAACACAAGUAUGUGUGUUUGUGGGUGUAAAUGUGGAUGGCUGGUGUGUAUGAGGUUGAGUGGUCGUGUGCCAUAGCGACUUAGAGCUGUGGUCGUAGGUUAUUAAUCAUUUUCAGUUUUUGAAUUUUCUGGCUGCUUAACCUGUGUUUCGUUUUUUUACCCUUUUAGUUAUGCAAGUUUGUACAAACAUCUUUAUUUAUAUACUGCAGUGCGCGUAAUCUUCCAAUAAUAAAGAAUAAUUGUAAUGAUGUAAAUAAAUUAUGUUCACAAAUAUAAAAUCCAA